GCCUGAAUCAGAUAUUGUUUUGGUUCUCGUGGCUGCCACUCGUUUUGGCGCGGCAAGGCUCCAAAAACAUUCUGAUUCAAUCACCUGCCAAACCAUCUCUCUCGGCGACUCCAUGUUUCUUAAUUGCAAUGGCGACCAUCUUCUCUAUCCAAUCACAUUCAUCCCUCCGCACCUCUCUCAACCCCAUUCGUCCUAAUCUCCCUCUCAGAAUCUCCAGAAUCCGGUGCCAGGGGAACAAUCCAGCUACCGAUUCGCCGAAGAAUCAAGAAUCCAAGCCUGAGAAUGCGGUGCUGAAGGUCGCUUGGUAUGGCUCCGAACUCUUGGGGAUCGCUGCUUCAUUUCUCCGCCCGCCGUCGGAUGUCGAAACUCCCCUUAGGGCUCAGGAGCUCGCCAGAGAUGUGUCCGGUGCAAUUCAUCGCCCGCUUAUCGUGGAAACGAUUAAGGAGGAUUUUGGGCGGUCGUACUUCGUCACAGGGAACCUUACUCUUGAAGCUUAUGAAGAGCAGUGUGAAUUUGCUGAUCCAGCUGGUUCUUUCAAAGGGCUUCGUCGAUUUAAAAGAAACUGUACAAAUUUUGGAUCCCUUGUGGAUAAGUCAAACAUGAAGCUUACCAAAUGGGAGGAUUUUGAGUUGUUUGGACUGAGUACAGGACAAGGGCAUUGGACAUUGGAGGUUCAGUUGUAUCUUGUCGUUUCCUUGGAGACCAAUUCUAUCUGCAACUGGAUAUACAGAGUAUUAUUUUGAUGCAAGAUCUGGAAAAGUAUGCAGGCAUGUAGAACACUGGAAUGUUCCUAAAAUGGCUUUAUUGAAGCAAAUCUUGAGACCCACUCGAGAGUGGUUGUGGUUUAAGAAAGCAGGUGGUGGCUGAUAUUUCAUUCUGAUAAGAACACAGCUUAGAACAAAACCCUUUUUGGAGUAUGGACUGAAAUCAGCUUCAUUAAAAUUUUAUAGUUUGAUUUGGAAAAUAAUUUUGUGUGGGUAAUAUGAGGAAAUUAUAGGUAAUAUAGUUUGUUUUUUUGGGAGUAUUAUAAUAGAGAGAAAUUUGUACAGAACAUGAAAGAAUUAGAUAUUAUACAGCAGCCUUGAGUUGAAUAGGAUUUUAAAUUAAGAAUCUA